UGGAGAGUGGAGGUCGCUGCUACUUGUUCCACUUCUUGUCCUUCGUAUUCGUCGACGUUCGUGCACGUUCGCCGGCGUAUCGACGGCCGCUACGAGAGCACUGGGCGAAUGAAAGGACGCGCGCAUGUCACGCGCAACGGUACACAAUAGCAGCAACACGCGUUCACCAUCGCGCGGAACGAGGAAUAAUCGUGGACAGAGUGGUGACGACGGGAUCAUCUCGACGCGUAUUGGGAUCGUACGGUCCGCCGGUGUCGGAGCAGUGAUAUAUAGAAACGCGGUGUGCACGGAGCUUUUCCACGGUCCCGAGGGAAAAAUUCCGAGGAUCGUAUCCGAGGAUCGUCGCGAUCCGAUUCGUCGAGCGUAUCGCGAGCCCGCAGCCAGUCACGAGCGAGCCAUCGAGUUUCGAAAGAGAGACGGUGCAAGAGAGGGAGACGGUGAGGACACGCAGCGCGCUUACAGGGGAAGAAAGUGACAGUGCGUCAGUUCUCGGUCGGACUCUGCCGUGGAAUCGCGGACCGUUGUCGAGAAGUUGUCGCGAGAACCGUGUUGAUAUGAGAAGUAGCCGAGUGUGUACUGUGACCAGAGAACCGGAGCCACGGUGACUUUUCGUGAUACAUACCAAACAUCGAGAAACUUGCCUCGUACCCUCUUACGUAGGACAGAAUUCUCGGAAUCUGGCGGCAGUAAUGCGUCGUGGAUUCUACGAGUCGUACAGUGCGCGGUGAUCGUGUGCUCGAUUGACUGUCGUUGAUAGAUUUAUUCGGUGUACGUCGUACGGUGACGGCCGGUCGUGCAAGGAUUUAUACCGGUGACUCUUAUUUUUGUUUUCGAGACAAAAGGGAGAUAGGAAGGACGUACUCUAUAUUAUACAGAGAGUGAAACAGUGCGUCAGUGGUGUGUCGCUGAAAUUCCAACAAGUGGUGCGGACUCGGAGAAAAAAGGAAAAUCGAGCUGGCUUCCAUGUCACAGGCUCGUAGAGACUCGAGCGAACUCGUGGUCGCGUAGUGUUCGCCGGUUCAUCGCAAACGCGGUGGAGCACCGGGUUAGGUCUAUCAAGACUCGACCGGAGGAACGGUUCGACCGUUCCACAAUCUCGGCGUUUCGUCGAAUUUCUUGACGUCGAGAGGUACCAGGAAAGGGCGGCAAGCUGUACGGGCACAGGGAGGAAGACAUGCUCACGAUGGAGACGGACAUGAAGGGUGGCAGUCUGCACGGUCAGAUGCCACCGCACCCACAUCAGGGUGUAUCGCCGAUGGGCCAUCAUACGGGGGUCUCGCCUUAUGGUAGCCUCGGCUCGAUAGUGCACAGUCCAGCGCUGUCUGGUAGUCCGCCGAGCACCGGCGGCCUGGGCCUCGGUCUCCAGCACCAUCACCAGACGCCCCAGCAUCACUACGCGUCGAUGCAGGCAGCGCAACAGCAGCAACAACAACAGCAGCAACAGCAGCAAAGCAUGCAUUCUUUGGCGCAGCAGGCGGCCAGCCAACAACAGCAGCAGCACCAUCCUCACCAGCAGCAGCAGCAACAGCCGCAACCGCAGCAGCACCAUCAACCGCCCAAUAACAACAACAACACCAGCAAGAACAACAACAUCGACCGCGUGAAGAGGCCGAUGAACGCGUUCAUGGUGUGGUCGCGCGGUCAACGGCGCAAGAUGGCGCAGGAGAACCCGAAGAUGCACAACUCGGAGAUCUCGAAACGGUUGGGCGCCGAGUGGAAGCUGCUCAGCGAGACCGAGAAACGUCCGUUCAUCGACGAGGCGAAACGAUUGCGCGCCGUGCACAUGAAGGAGCACCCCGACUACAAGUACAGGCCGCGACGCAAGACCAAAACGCUGCUCAAGAAGGACAAGUUCCCGCUGGGCGGAGGUGUAACGGGAGUAGGCGGGAUGCUGGGGGUCGAUCAACGGCAAGUCGGCGCUACCGGUGGCCCGCAACAGGCGCAAUUGUCGCGCGACGUUUACCAGAUGCCCAACGGUUAUAUGCCCAACGGUUACAUGAUGCACGACCCGACGGCCGCGUACCAGCAGCACGUCGCUUACGGCGGUCACAUGGGCGGCGCGGCGGCGGCGGCGGCAGCAGCCUCGGCCGCCGGUUACCCAAGGUACGACAUGGGUCACCACAUGGGCGGUGGCAGUCCCAGUCCCAUCAACAGCUACAUGAACGGUUACGGUGGCUACGGGAGCACCACCGUGCCCGGCGGUUCGCCGUCGCCCUAUCACCAAGCCCAGCCCGGCUCUCAGAUGUCGAGUCACAGUCCCAGCGGUAGCAGCAUAAAAUCGGAGCCAACGAGUCCGGCGAGCGGCGGCAUUCACACGCCGACGCCCACAGGAGCGUCGUCGACGUCCGGGGCCGGUGGCCAGGUCGUGAAACGGGAAUACAUGGGCCAGCAGCAGACGCAGCAGUCCCAGGGCGACCUCAGACAGAUGAUCUCGAUGUAUUUGCCGCAGGGCGUCGAGCAGGGGGUCGUGCAACACGGUGCCGGUGUCUACUCGCCGGGACCCUCGCCGGAUCCGCUCGCGCAGCAUCACUCCGCCAUUCCGCCUCUCACUCAUAUGAUAGCUUAGAGUGACAAGCUUGGACGGACGGCUGUACGCGUGGGAGAGGACUCCCUUGUAAGAAAAAUGACGGAGAAAGGGAGAACGAACGCGAAACGAUUGCGAAAUCGAGCGAACUCGGAGGCGUGGGGGCCGAAGGUGAGAUCGCAAACGAUUUCUCGCAACCUCGGGAGAAAAUUUCACCGACCGAAGAAGAGAGGAAAUUAAUCGAGAUCGAAAGAAAACGAGAACGGUCUUGGACACGGCGCGGAUCCAACGUCGAGGACUCGGACGCCAUUUUGCGUACGCGUCUAGAGAGCAGCGACGGGUUCCGUGGAAACGAUUUGGACGAUCAGGUACACCGAUGGAAGAAAGGAAAAAAAAAAAAAAAAAAAUACAAGCGACACGCGCGAAAUUGUGUAUAUAAUACCGUCUAACCGCAGCAAACGAUUCCCGGAGAAAUGUGUCAUCCGCGACCGGGCGUGCAAGACCUUCCGGUUGUUCCCGAAGCUUGCGACGAAUCGACGCUCCUGCAGCCCCCACGUUCUUCGACCCUCGUUUCGUUGGAGAGCGUUCCUUUUCCGUCGACGCGACGACGCGGGUGAGAAACGGGUGCGAAUGGAGAUGCGUUUUCGCGAAACACGAGAGAAAGAGUCGGUGAGCGAGUGAAUGAGUGAGUGCAUGAGUGAGUGAGAGAGAUGAUCGCUAGUCGACGACACGCGUCUUCGUUUUGUUCCCCUCCUUGCCGAGGAGCUCUCGUUGCGUCGCGUAAGAAACUCGCGGCGAUCGACGAAAGGGAUCGAUCGAUCGAGCGUGCGAACGUCAACGGAUCCGUCUCGACGCGAGUAUCGCGACCCGCGCGCGAAAAUAGAGAAAAGAAGACGAGAACACCGCGAAACGAUAAAACCUUACUGUGAUAAACGAACGCUGCACGACGUAGCACGCGUGCAAGAAAGAAAUAUCCAGGGUAUACCCGUGAGGGAUGUAAAAGGGGAUGAUAGAGAGAAGAGAGAGAGAGAAGGGGUCGGCAGUAAGUGCGUGAGAAUA